GCUUUCCAACUAUCUUGUUCGCUAUCCCUCUUCUAAACCCCGUCCAAAAAAUGCAGCACAAACGAUGAAACCUCUCAAACUUCCUUCUCCGGCACUCUCACGUGCGCUCGCACGUGCCCUCAGCUCCGCCACCUCCACCACCACCACAACCACGCAAUGCGGAUCCGCGUUUCCGUUGAAGACGGUAACCACCGCGAACUUCGAACCCUCGCUGGCGGAGCUCCGGCGCCACGUGCGGUCGUCGGACUUCGUGGCCAUCGACCUCGAGAUGACCGGCGUGACCAGCGCUCCCUGGCGCGAUUCCUUCAAGUUCGACCGCUCCGACGUGCGCUACCUCAAGGUCCGAGACUCCGCCACCAAGUUCGCCGUCGUUCAGUUCGGUGUUUGCCCCUUCCGUUGGGAUCCCUCCUCCCGCUCCUUCGUUGCGUAUCCAUACAAUUUCUAUGUUUUUCCACGUCAGGAGCAUGCAGGGUUGGGUCCAUGUGAUGAAUUUUUGUGCCAGACCACUUCAAUGGAUUUCCUGGCUAAAUAUCAGUUUGAUUUUAAUGUUUGCAUACAUGAAGGAAUAUCUUAUUUAUCCAGAAAACAAGAAAGAGAAGCAUUAAGGGACGUUUUAAAGUUCAAAGAUAUUAGGGACAUACCAUUGGUAACCAUGACAGACAUUUUGUUCACUGCACGAAUGAAACAGAAAUUUAGUGAAUGGCGUGAUGGGUUAUUACACGAGCAAAAUCAAGAACAAAUUCAAGAAGUUUCAAAAGACCCAAAAUUUCAAGUGAUUUUCUUUGAGAUGCAUCCAGCUCUUAGGCUUAAUGGAUUCACCUCUCACCAACUUAAAUUGAUUCAGUUGGUCAUCAGGAAACACUUCAAAGAUCUUUGUUAUGUCAGUGUGAACAGGGAGACUUCUGGUUCACAACAAUUAGUCGUAUAUACAGAUUCAAAGGAUGAAUUAAACUUACUUAUGAAGAAGGUGAAAGAAGAAAAUCAUAAGGAAGCAGAGAUGAAGAUUCAAGUUGCAGUGGGAUUUCGCCAUGUUAUUGAUCUCCUUUCAAUGGAGCAAAAGUUGCUAGUUGGUCACAAUUGUUUUCUAGAUCUUGCUCAUGUCUACAGCAAAUUUAUAGGCCCUCUUCCAGCAACUCCUGAAGAGUUUGCUUUCUCUGUUAACAAGUGCUUUCCACACAUUGUUGACACCAAAAUACUCUUGAACACUAAUUUUAUGCUCCAAGAAAAGAUGAAAAGGUCAAGAAAAUCAUUGGCCUCUGCUUUCACUUCAUUUUGUCCACAAAUUGCAGCUGGCUCCAGAAACACUGAUCUAGGUUCACUCUCACACGUGAAGGUGGACAUUGAAGUUGAUGAUUCAAGAUCAUCCAGCUGGAACCCUGGAGGCAAGCAUGAAGCAGGAUAUGAUGCUUUCAUGACUGGAUGCAUCUUUGCCCAGUUAUGCAGUGAUUUAGGUAUCGAUUUUAAACUCCACGAAUCUACAAAACAGUUAGCCCUCAAUGAGAAACUGCAGAAGUACGUGAAUCGUCUAUAUCUUAGUUGGAUGCACGGGGACAUUAUUGAUCUAAAUACCGGUAAUAAGGUUGCAGAUUCUUCACCUAGCCACAGCCUCAAGAAGCGGUACCCAAAAAUUUUGUUUGAGAACAUUGUUAUUAUUUGGGGAUUUCCUUCUAAGCUGAAGGCAAAUGAAGUAAGAGAGUGCAUAUCUAAAGUAUUUGGACCGAAUUCUGUAGUUUCUGUCUUCCACUUGGAUGCAACUGCAGCAUUUGUUCAGUUUAGCAAAACUGAAUUUGUUUCUGAUUUUCUUCUAGUGAAGGACACCUUAGAGAGAGGUGAUGGUGCAAUCAUGGUUUUGCAUCCGCUGGCAAAACUUUUGGAAGGUGGAAAUACAUGUGCCGCGAAUUAUGAUACUUAUAAAGAAAUAUGUGGUUCACCCUUAUCAGAAGGUCUGUUUGCUGAUCAGGCAAAGGCAGUUGGUAUAAAAUGGAAGACCAAAUUGACAGAAUACAAGGUAGCAUUGGAGGGCGAAGAACAUGGAAACCCAAGUGUACAAGGUAAUGUAAAUACAGCUAUGAAGAAUGUAGAAAGGACUAGGCAAAACACAAUUGAUCAGUUAAGAAAUGCUCCAUCUCGAGGGCAUGUAUCAUCGUUUGAGAUUGAGGAUUCUUCAUGUGUUGCAGAAGCUAACUCGUGAUUUUGUACACGGUCAGCAUGAAGAUAUAAUGUUAUAUCAAAUAACUUUUUUACGUAGCAAUACUUUUUUGGGCUGGUAUUGUAUGAAUUUAGAAAAUGUAGCAAUCUUAAAGGCAUAAUAGCGGUAUGAAAAUAUUGAUAUAUACCAUUUACAAAUUUUCUGA